ACUAAACUCCAAAAACUCAAGCAGCUAGCUCUAAUGCAAACUGAAGAGUUAUACAAUGCAUUGCAGACUGCAGUAGUAGAAUCUUUGGCACCAAAACGCAAGCGGAGACACGAUUCUGAACGAGCAAUUACCAAACUCUAUCGUUCCAUGAACUGUCACAGUAGCAACCGAGUUUCCAAAAAGCAUAAACCCAACCUCGGUUUGACCGAAUAUUUGUUCUGUCUCUUUGUCCCUUUUACUAUGUGUCUCAAUAUGUCUUUGCCAUUUGGGUCUUUGUCACUUUCCUUACCCUCUUUUUCCAUAUCACCCGCAACCAUUGCUUAUGCUUUUGGCUGCUUUGCUUCUGCGCACAGUUGAGGAUUUUCUUCAUCCAGAGCUUAUUUUCUUCUACCUCAGCUUAAUGCCACUUCAGAUUUGUGAAGGGAUAGUGGCAGCUGUUGAGAUUGUUAAUUAGGCUAAAUUUGAUAUAUAUCAAUGAAGGGUGACGCGGUGAGUGGGACAUGGCUCAGUGGUUUAUGGCCAGUCUCCAGCAAGAGUGCUUCAGAUGACAAGGAAGCAAUUGGAAUUUUGGCAUUUGAAGUUGCUGGCUUGAUGUAUAAGGUGGUUAGUUUAUGGCAUUCUUUGAGUGACAGGGAGGUGAUGAGUCUGAGGGAAUGGAUAGCAAACUCGGUUGGGGUUAAAAUGCUGGUGUCGGACGAUGAUUGUUUCUUGAUGGAGCUUGCAUUGAAUGAGAUACUCGAUGAGUUUGAAUCUCUUGCAAGGUCUGUGGCCAGGUUGGGUAAGAGGUGCAAGAAUCCAUUGUAUCAUGGUUAUGAAAAUUUUGUCCGCAACCCGUUUGAAAAUUAUCCUCAAUGGGCUGGAUGGGAAUACAGAUGGAAAAAGAUGGAGAGGAAGGUGAAGAAAAUGGAAAGAUUUGCGGCUGCCAUGUCACAGUUGUCACAAGAGCUUGAGGUGCUAGCAGAGCGCGAUCAAACUUUCAGGAGAAUGAAGGCGAAUCCUGAGUCGAAACAGGCAAAAUUGCUUGAGUUUCAGAAGAGGGUCAUGUGGCAGCGCCAGCAAGUGAACAAUCUGAGAGACAUGUCUCCUUGGAAUAGAAGUUAUGACUAUAUUGUUCGAUUGCUAGCGAGGUCAUUGUUUACAAUUCUCGAGAGAAUCACACUUGUGUUUGGAAUUGGAAACAGUCAUGUUCCAAUUGAAAAGCAACAAUAUGAUUCACCUUUUAUGAAUUCUAAUAGCCAUCAUUCACGCAACCAUUCAUUACCUGCUCUCAUGCUUUCGUCUGUUCAUCCUUCUGAGACUAAUCCUAAUCCAUAUGGAUCAUGUUCAGAACUUGUUGGGAGCAAGCCACUGUUGAGCUCAGAGAAGAGCAAAAGAAAGAAGAAAGAGAUGCAAUUGACUCAUACACAAAGUGUUAAGCACCUGCAUUCAGAAAACAAGCAUUUGAAGCAUUCUGGGUCCUUUAAAGGGUGCAUGCCAACUAAUGGUGGUUCCAUGAGGUUGAUUGAUUGUCAAGUGAAAAAUAUCAAUGACAUGAAAACAGUGGAUAAGUUCUCUCUUAGAGUGCACUUUAAACUAUCCCUCAAGGGUCGGUUAAGGCCAGGUACAUCUACCCUUGGUGAUGCUGCUUUAGCUCUUCAUUAUGCAAAUGUGAUUGUGUUGAUAGAGAAGAUAGUUUCAGCACCUCAUCCUAUUGAUCUUCAAAUCAGAGAUGAUCUUUACAAUAUGUUACCAACCACUAUAAGAACCGCUCUGAGGACUAAGCUUAAAUGGUACGCGAAAAGCAAAGUUCAUGAUGCUAGCCUUGCAGCAGAAUGGAGUGUAGUGCUCUCACAGAUAUUGGAAUGGUUGGCUCCAUUGGCACACAACAUGGUAAGGUGGCAUUGUGAGAGGAAUUUUGAGAAGGAGCAUGAUACUUUGAAAGCCAGUGUUUUGCUUGUCCAGACUCUUUACUUUGCGAGCCAACCGAAAACUGAAGCUGCAAUGGUUGAGCUGCUUGUUGGUCUGCAGUAUGUAUGGAGGAUUGAUAGAGAAGCUAGCAUGAGAGAUGCAUCGGAUUUUGCAGGCUCUAGAUCCUUUAAACGUGUUCGUUAAAAAGGAAUGAGUUCCUGUUUGGAUUGGCGUUUGCCUUGACGCAACCAUUAAAACUCACAUCCCAACACAUCAGCAGAGAAGCAAAAUUUUAUCACGUUGACUCAAACAUGGAUCCGUGUUGUGUUCAGCGCCAAACUAAAAGGGCAUCGAGCUGAGAAAUGAAUGUUUAUAGACUAUAUGACAUUGCCAUUGUGCCAGGGCUAAAUGUCAUCUGUGAUGUACAGUUCUCAUUUUCAAAUGGGAGGCCUUUACAAAUAGUAACUUAAUACUUUUGAUAUUAAUACACUGGUACAAAGCUUAGUUUCA